ACAGAGUGCAGAUUGGCUGAYAAUAACGUUGCCUUCACAGUCGUGCUACAAUCUAUUUCACUUACCAACCUCGCAGUAGUUGAUCCUUCGGUAGAGCUAGAUUCCGUGAAAACGAGAUAGCAAUUUUUCUGUGUUUCAAGUGAUCCAUUUUGGACCCAUACCCAUCACUGGAACGACAAAACGGUUCAGAAAUAAUUCACACCUCCCACCCGAGCUUGACCUCAUUCAUAUUAGAGGCUUUGUCAUGACCAAAUCGAUUUUUUUGCCGUUGUGGAGUUUCGCAGUACUGAAUUUGGCAAGACUUGCGUGGGCUGUGCAUUCGCCAUCUCCCCCAUCGUCGCUMUUGUCGAAAGCCAUUGUUGGCGGGUCUACCGUCAUAAGGUCGCCACCAGACGAGGCUUCGACACUCUUUGGGGUCAGCACGAAAAACGUCGAUUCCCAGGAUGAACUGAUUUAUGUAGAAAAACGGAAUGGUUCCAAAGAACCUCUGGAACGAAUAAAGGUAAGCGUUUCGUAAACUUUUUCAGCGUUGAAACCUCUUCCAUGCUUGGUGUUGUUUUGCCCUUGAUGAAAUGCAUCGUAUUUUUCAAGAAAAUUACUCAGCUCGGUGCUGCUUUUAGAUACUGGAACGCCUCAAGAGAAUGGCGGCCACCUUUCCAGCGGAAGACGAGAAGACUUUGAUGACCAAACUCGACUUAGAAUCGUUGGCGGAAUCGAUCUUGCGUGGCACGUACCCGGGUGUUAGCUCAUACGAAAUCGAUAUUUUGGCAGCCGAAACAGCAGCUAGUAUGGCUACACAGCACGUCCUGUAUGCACGGUUGGCGGCACGUAUUCUGGUGUCACUCAAUCACAAGUACACCCCGCCGACUUUUUCAGACGCUGUCGAGGCAAUUGACGAAGAAAUACAAUACAUUGAUCCAAGCAUUGUGGACCUGGUUCGACGGCGGGGAGACGAAAUCAGUCAGCGGAUUCGAAACGAACGGGAUCUUGAGUUUUCAUACUUCGGUUUCAAAACUUUGGAACGCUCCUAUCUAUUGAAGACCAACGAUGGAAAGUUCCUAGAACGACCACAAUAUUUGCUAAUGAGAGUAGCCCUAGGGAUACAUUGUACCGAAAGGAUAUCAGGCAAAGUCACUCCAGAAGAGGAAGAUUUACGACUGCAGGCUGCUUUUGAGACGUACGACUAUAUGAGCGAGGGAUACUUUACCCAUGCAUCUCCUACACUAUUUCAUUCUGGAACGACUCAUCCUCAGCUAUCGAGUUGUUUCUUGGUUCAAAUGAGUGACGAUUCAAUUUCGGGCAUAUAUGAUACAUUAAAGCGAUGCGCUGUCAUAUCCAAAUCUGCUGGUGGAAUUGGAUUGAGCGUGCACAAUAUUCGAGCUAGGGGGUCUCCCAUCAAGGGUACACGAGGUACUUCCAAUGGACUGGUUCCUAUGCUUCGCGUUUACGAUGUGACAGCGAGAUACGUUGAUCAAGGAGGUGGAAAGCGGCCUGGUGCAUUUGCUGUUUACAUUGAACCCUGGCAUUCGGACAUUUUCGACGUUCUUAAUCUGAAAAAGAACCACGGGAAAGAAGAACAGCGAGCUCGAGAUCUAUUUUACGGCCUAUGGAUCCCUGAUUUGUUUAUGAAACGAGUAGAGAACGAUGAAAACUGGAGUCUGAUGUGUCCCGAUCAAUGCCCUGGCCUCCCAGAGUGCAGCGGAAAAGARUUUGAGGAACUAUAUGAAAAAUACGAAAAAGAAGGAAAAUAUGUUCGCCAGAUGCCUGCCCGAGAGGUAUGGUCCGCAAUUCUGGAAUCCCAAAUCGAAACAGGAACUCCUUACAUGCUAUAUAAGGAUGCCGCUAAUGAAAAAAGUAACCAAAAGAAUAUUGGAACAAUUCAAUGCAGUAAUCUAUGCACAGAAAUUAUCCAAUAUACGGACGAAGAAGAGGUUGCUGUAUGCAAUCUUGCAAGUAUGUAAGUAAAUCGAGAAAGGAAGUCCGCGAGAACAAUCUACAAGUGUACCCUUUCCUCUCAUUGUUUUUAUGUCCACUUUUCUGAAUAGUUGUCUUCCAAAGUACGUAGUUUCUGAUAGGGGUUCAUAUGGAUCUGUAGAUCCAGACUCUGGAAGAGCAUAUUUCGAUCACGAGGCGCUCCACAGAACAACAAAGAUUGUGACUCGCAACUUAAACCGAAUAAUUGAUAUCAAUAGCUAUCCGAUUCCGGGCGCGAAAAAGUCGAACAGACGGCAUCGUCCCAUAGGAUUAGGAGUAUCUGGCCUAGCUGAUGCGUUCAUUCGUUUAGGUCUUCCCUUUACCUCCGACCAGGCUAAGGAAUUGAAUGAAGCUAUCUUCGAGACAAUCUACCACGCAGCCUUGGAGGCCAGUGUAGAAUUGGCAGCAGAAGAUGGUCACUACGACACAUUCCCCGGUUCGCCAGCCAGUAGAGGGGAAUUCCAAUUCGAUUUGUGGAAUACUCCCGCUGAUGACUUGCCKAGCAAAAGAGCCAAGAAGGGGAAACCUUACCUAGGAAAAUACGCAGAGCCCUAUCAAACGGAAGGCUAUGAUUGGGGCAAGUUACGAUCAUCAAUGAUGGAACAUGGUUUGAGGAAUUCACUCCUAUUGGCUCCUAUGCCAACAGCUUCGACAUCUCAGAUUUUGGGUGUCAACGAGUGUUUCGAGCCUUUCAGCUCGAACCUAUACCUUCGCCGGGUAAAGGCGGGUGAAUUCAUCAUGGCCAAUCCUCAUCUACUUCAAGAUUUGACAGACAGAGGUCUAUGGACACCAGAAGUUCGCAAUCAACUAAUGCGAGAUGGCGGGUCCGUGGCUAACAUCGACGUCAUUCCUUCUGACUUGAAAGAAGUAUAUAAAACGGUCUGGGAAAUCAAGAUGAAAGAAAUUAUUGACAUGGCAGCUGAUAGGGGGAAAUUUAUCGACCAAAGCCAAAGCUUAAAUCUCUUUAUUGCAAAUCCCAACAUGGAUAAACUGACAGCAAUGCAUUUUUAUGCAUGGAAAAAAGGUCUGAAGGUACGUACAACCCUUGAAAUUGAAAGAUCUGCGAACGAUUGAAACAAACCACUAACUWCCCUAAAUUUCACAACUGCGAUAACGGCCAUAGACUGGGAUGUAUUAUCUGCGUACCAAGCCAGCUGUAAACGCGAUACAAUAUACAGUAGAUAAGGGCUCAGCUCCAUCAGGAUCCGUAGCAAUAGUUGACGAUUCACAGGACGUUUGUGUCAGCUGCCAGGCGUAAACUACAAAUGUUAAAGUUGCCGCAAACAACUUCAACUGAAAUUUUAAUACAACACUCGACCCAGCCUGCUUUAGUUGUAAUGAAUUCGAUUUUUUUUA